AUGGAAAUGGAUGUUGUAGCGAAAGUUCUCUGCGUUUCUCGUUAUCAUAAGAUGCAGCAGCGUGCAAUGGUGCUUCUGUUUGCCGUUAUGGUUCUAACAUUCUCUGCUAGUUCGUCUACUGCCGUUAGUGAUGGUGACCGCACGGUGUUAACUAUAAAUGAUGUUUCCCAGCCGGUAUCCUUGGAUGAUUUUCAGCCUUUACCAGCAUUCUGGACUAGCACCGGUCUAUGCCCUCCCGAACCGCGGAAUGAGACCGCAGCCUUUCUGCUGUCGAAAGCAAUGCAGCUAAACCUGCAAUUGAUAGGCUCGCUAACCGAUCGUGCCAUCAGUUAUGUGCGAAUCCAUUGGCUUCUGGAGCUUGUCCAAGUCUCGUACGACAAAGAAUUGACGGUUCGUUACGAUUUCGCCUACCUUGAUCAGUUGCUGGACCGACUGUACGAUAUCGGUCUUUACCCUGGGUUUGAGUUGAUGGGCAUACCACAGGACUACGCGAACCAACACCCUACAGCCCGCUUUUGGGAGGAUCUAGUAAGCCGUAUCGUACAGAGAUAUGUUGUUCGUUACGGAUUGCAAGCCGUUGCUCGCUGGAGAUUUGAAUCGUGGAACGAGCCAGAUCUGCGUACUUACAAUGUUCUCAAUUUCACCGUAUCUGAUUAUCUGGAGUAUAUACUGGCAAUUCGGGCAGGGCUCGAUCAUGUUCGGAACCUACUCGAGACCCCGAGGGAAUCUGUUUCUACACUUUUCCAGCUUCAAGGUCCGGCAGGACUGUUUAAAACAGAGACAAACCAUCCGCUGUGUUGGGCUGCCGUUAAGCUCUGCAAUGGUGGCGAUUGUCCCUUCGAAACGAUUACCUUUCAUCGGAAGGGUAGUGGACGCUGGGCAUCGGAAGUGUUGUCUUCGACGCAACAGCUCCUGGAGGACUUAUUUACGCGGUUUCCGAAUGUACGACGCUUGGGAUUUGCCAAUGAUGAAGCAGAUCCCGUCGCCAGCUGGUCAACGGCUCGACCAUUCCAGGCGGAUGUUCGCUAUGCUACGAUGCUGUUUUCAAUUGUAGCACAGCAUUGGUCUGCAAUUGCGGAUCCAAAUUCGACGUUAUUAGCUAAUUUUCGAUUCCUAUCGCACGAUAACGCUUUCCUCAGUUAUCAUCCGUACGAGUUCGAACAACGUACGCUUUUAGCGAGGUUUCAGAUGAACGAAACGCAUCCGCCACACGUGCAAUUCAUAGCGAAGCCCGUCUAUUCGGCUCUCGGUAUGCUAGCGACAUUGGGCAGUCAGGCGACUCGUACCGGGUUUCUCGACAAUAACGUAUCCUACAUACUUUCUCAUGAGAAUAGAAGGUACUUGUGUUUGCUGUUAUCUCGUUCAAACGACAGCUCAGCAAUGCAAAAACGUCGAUCACGUAUAAAGCUCACUAUUCCGAUUGCGUUGCUUCUUCAUGCGGAUGAGAGCCGCAAGGGAUAUACGGUUGAAGCCAUGCAGGAUGGAAAAACUGACCCGUUCCGGCUAUGGCAGUCGUUCGGUCGACCGGCAUAUCCAACGAUCGAACAAUUGGCCGCCCUUCGGUCCGUGCAGUUUCCAGCAGUUUUGAACGGUGGGCCAGCUAUCAUAGCGAGCAACAUUACAAGUCUGCGACUUUCCUUAACUCUCGAUGCACCCUGGAUCGUGGCGGUACGAAUAUGUAGCGAUAAGUUCCCUCCACCAGGACCGGUACGUCGAGUUAGCGUGUCGAGGGUACACGAUCAGGAGUAUAUUGUAUUCUGGCAACCACCGAAAACGGGCAACCUGAGAUGCUUGUUUACGUAUGAAGUUUGGUUUAAGCCAGUUCAAGGUUUAAGACACUCACGACGGCCAAUAAGGCAGCCCCACUGGCGAUUAAUCAAUCGAGGACAGCAUACGCCCUUUGCGUUCUUCCAGUUCCACAGCUCGGCUCCAGCAGGGUACUACAAAGUUCGUGCCGUAGAUAUAUUACGUCGCACUGGAAGGUUCUCGGCCAUGUACGCUCAUAGAUAGUGACUCAAGCCCUUUGCAUUAUUGUAACACGUUUAGGUUUUAAUAUGAAAAUAAAUAGA